CUUGAACCAUGAAGGCCUGGAGUCUGCUCCACCCGCUGCUGGUGCUGCUGCUUCUGCUGCUGUGCCCAACCCUGCUCCUGCAUGCCUCCUCGGCCUCCGUGCCCGCCUACACCCCGGGCCUCCACCCGCAGCACAAGGUCCUCCAUCUGGACUGGCCCAAGGACUGCGGCCUGUCCCACUUUAAGCCCAACACGGCAGAACGCAUCGUCUCCGGCAACGAAGCCAGGCCUCAUUCCUGGCCCUGGCAAGUCUCACUGCAGGUUCGUCCUAGGGGCAGCAAGCACUACAUCCACGUGUGUGGAGGGACUCUGAUUCACAAGACCUGGGUGCUUACAGCUGCACACUGUUUCCAGAAGGGGAAGGCCGAGGAUCCUGGAAGCUGGCGUAUCGUUGUGGGGAAGCACCAGCUGAAGCGUUCGGAGACGGCCGAGCGCAUGUUCCCCGUGAAGCGCAUCUACCGGCACGAGCGCUUCCGCUACCCGGCGCACAGCGAGCUGGACUACGACAUCGCCCUGGUCAAGGCCGGCACCGAGAUCCCGUCCAACAACUUCGUCCGCUACGCCUGCCUGCCGCGCAAGCAGAUCAACCUGAAGCCCGGACACUACUGCUGGGUGACUGGCUGGGGCGACACACGGGGUGGAAAAGAGAACGUGUCCCUGGCGGAGUCGCUGAACCAGGCCCGCCUGCCCAUCAUCGACUACAAGACGUGCCGACAGAAGAAGUUCUGGGGGGACCGCGUGCGCGACUCCAUGAUCUGCGCAGGGUUUAGGGACACAGAGGGUCCCCCUGCUGCCUGUCAGGGUGACUCUGGCGGUCCGCUCCUGUGCCAGCUGGGUCGGGACCGCUGGGAGGUGCACGGCGUGGUGAGCUUCGGGCCGAUCGGCUGCACCGUGGAGAACAAGCCUAGCGUCUUCACCCGCACCGCCGCCUACAUCCCCUGGAUCGAGGCCACCAGGAUCAGAGAUUUCUUCAUGCACUGAACCCUCCCUCUAUCCCUUUCCUUAAAUCCUUGCUCAUCUCCUGACACACACACACACACACCCUGCUCUGUUCGCCUGUAACGCAGGGCUUGAAACCUCCCCGCCACAGGGGGGAGCUGUGCUUGCGCUCUGGUCAGUAGGAGGUGCAGGUUGCAGUCAACGAUUGUAGUCCCUUCUUCACCCCACCAAUCCGUUCCACGCCUCUUCCUUCUUGGAGGGUGGGGUCAACAUCACCAUAGCAACAGUUGCUUCGGUUACAGUGUGAUGCCUGUAGGACUAUGUUGCGCUCCGUUACCUGAGACCCUGGAACACACCUUGACGCCCCACAUCACCUGCUAGCAUACUGUCGUCGCCAAACGUGCAUGCUGUUUCCCUUCCUUCUUUUUCUUCUCUCGAUCUCUCUGGUGAGCAAACAAGGGGUCAUCCAACCCCUUUAGGUGCAACCGAGGAGACCGCCGCCGCAGGAGACUUACGCAUUCGCUUCUUCAGCCAUACCGUAACUCCUUCUCCUUCCUGUUCAGCCAAAGGUUUUCACAGCAUCUCUAUAGGUUAUCCAUGUAGUGAUGACGCUACGUGUUUAAAGAAAAAGGAAAAAAUGUGAAAAGAAAAGAAAAUGUGUUGAGCUCACAGAGCAUAAUAGCUCAGUUCAGUUCUUGUCCCACCUAGAUUAAGAAGAUAUUUCCUACCAUAACAGCUUUAGGCCUAUGCCCAUGUGAAAUCAAAAUAGAACAAAACAAAAUAUCAAUCACUCAUGCUAUUCUCAAACACCACCCACCAAUUAGUAGUUGUUUCCUUGUCAUCCAUGGGCCUCUCUCAUUCGUCUUUUUUAUCUAUCUUCCCUUUCCUUCCUCGGUCCUCGUUCCCACUGAUCUACAUGAUUAGUGAUGGGGCGGCAACAAUGGGAUAGUCUAUCCAGUGUUCUUUAUAGAUCAGUGGGGACGAGCUUGGAGGACCGAGGACGAGGAGAGAGGGUUGAGAAGGGGCCCCUGGAUGCCUCUCAUUUGUUUUUUUUAAUUAUAGAUCCUCCCUUCUUUCCUCGAUCCUCGUUCUCACCGAUCUAGAUAAAGAAUGAUGGGGCGUCAACAAUAGGAUAGUCUAUCCAGUGUUAAUUAGAUCAGUGGAGGACCGAGCAUUGAGGACGGAUGUUGAGAGGCACCCCCUGUCCCCGUACAGUAUGCUGCAGCUACUGCAGAUGCUCUGUUGAGCUGAUUUGAGUUGGAUUUGACCUUUGACCUGCUUUACUAUACGUGUCCCUGUUGGGACAAAAGCUCUGGGCUCUCCGUCCUGCAGUUCUUCAAAAUGUACAUAAAAGACAUUUUACCAACACAGGGCUUCCAUGCACAAUCAUACAUGAUCCACGUUUGAAUGUGCCACAUUUGUCACGCCUUAAACAUUAGUGCUGCCUUGUAUAUUUUCUUCAACGGACACAGCAAAUUACCUUUUUUUCAGCUUAUUGUAUUGUCUGAAGAUGGUGAAAGGGCAUUUUUACCCUCUUGAGGUGGGGAGUUGCCGAAACACAGGACUGUAAAUGCUAUUGUUUGCACAUAAGCGGUCAAUCAAUCAUGUGUUUGCCACUGAGACGGCAACUUGGAGUCACGUAGUGUUGAUUAUUCAGUAACAAUGUAACCAUGAACUAUGAAAACAUAAAAGCACCACCGCUGUCUGAAUUCACAACCGUGAUCCUGAAUAAAUCACUACACCAGCAACAAGA